AGGAGAAGAAGAAACCCUCGCUUCGCUGCGGCGGAGGAAGAAGAAGAAGGCGAUGGUGCCGCGGGAGGGGACGCGGAUGGCGGGGCUGCGGGAGCGCGAGGUCGGCCGCAUCCCGCCCAAGCUCUUCGCCAACUCCGUCAUGGCCUCCCAGGACUUUGUGCGGUCUCUCGGCCUCCAGAAGAGGCUGCGGAAGCACAGGGGUUGCGUGAACACCAUCAGUUUUAAUGGGGAUGGGAGCCUGCUCCUGUCUGGUUCCGAUGAUCGGACUGCUGUACUGUGGAAUUGGCAGGACGGGACGCCUACCUUCACAUUCCACACUGGCCACAGCAACAAUGUGCUCCAUGCGCAGUUCAUGCCCUUCUCGGGUGACCGGAGCAUCGUCACAUGCGCUGCUGAUGGACAGGUUAGGCAUUCACAAAUUCAAGAAGGUGGUCGUGUAAUUACAACCGAGCUAGUUGAUAUAGAGUUAGCUGUGCACAGAUUAGCUAUCGAGCCUGGAAAUCCUCACACGUUCUUUAGCUGUGGAGAAGAUGGCUACGUUUUUCUUUUUGACCUUAGGGAGAAAGAUGUUACAGAACUCUUUAAAUGCGCAAAAGUUGAUAGUUUCAGUGGUGAUACCAUCGAACUCUAUGCUAUUACCAUAGACCCAAGAAAGCCCAGUUCUUUUGCAGUUGCUGGAUCUGAUGAGUAUGUGAGAGUAUAUGAUAGCCGCAAGAUUCAUGUGGAUGGGGGUUCCAGUUUUGGUCGCCCAAUUGAGUACUUUUGCCCUCCACAUAUGAUUGGUGAAAAUGAAGAUGGAAUAACUGGUUUGGCAUUCUCACAAACCAGCGAACUUUUAGCAUCCUAUAGUUAUGAUAAUAUCUACCUUUUCUCGAGAGAGCAUGGCUUACACUUUAACAAUAUUGAGGUAGGUGAACGACUCCUGAUGGAUGAGACUGAAGGAGAUUGUCAUAUAAAUACAGCCCCAUUACCCUUUUGUAGAGAUAAGUUGCCAGUGCCUCAAACCUUCAAGGGACAUCGUAACAAGCACACCAUUAAGGGUGCUAAUUUCCUUGGGCCCAACUGUGAUUACGUUACCACUGGAUCAGACUGUGGACGUGUAUUUAUUUGGAGAAAGAAGGACGGGGACCUUAUGCGAGUUAUGAAAGGGGACAAACGAAUUGUUAAUUGCGUUGAACAGCACCCUUCUGGGAUUGUUAUUGCAAGCAGUGGCAUUGAGAAGGAUAUCAAGAUUUGGGCACCUGGUGAGAACCCCGACGAGGUUGAGACAGACUCUUGUUGCUCCAGUAGCAGUGAUUCCUAUGACUCAAUUUACUUUGAUGAUUACAUGAUUUCCUUGGAUCUUGAUUCAUCUGAUGAGGAUGAAGAGGAGGAUGAAGACGAAGAUGAUGAUGAGGAGGAGGAGGAAGAUGAUCAUAGUAUUAGUAGCAACGAGGACAUGAGUGAUAUCGAUAAAUAUGAAGGUGCUGGUGACCAUGACAGCGAGGGUUAAGAGCGAGGGUUAAGGUUGUGCUCAGCUAUAAUUCUAGGAGAUAAUAUAGCGGCUGGUUUCUUUAUAGGUGACCGUAGGAUGGUUCUGGCAGUCAGGCUUAAAGGCAAGGACUGUUCAGUUAGAACCUCAACAGUUUUUUUGUAUGAUGCAUGCUAAGGUUGUUAUUUCAGGGGGUUAGUGUUUGUCUUAUCUAUAAAAAAACAAACGACAUAUUUACAAAUAAAA